AUGGCAACAGGCACCAGCAGCGACACUACAGACUGGAACAACACGAUCUACGACUGCAUACAGCAGGAUCUAAACGAACUCAACAACCAGAAACUCCGCAUAAUCAUAACCGGCGACUUCAACUGCCACUGCAUGGAAUUAGAUGGGCGCGAGACAGCAGACAAACUACGCACUCUUGCAGAAAACAACAGGCUAAGAAUAUUAAAUCUGGAACCAACUUGCGAGGGGAAAACUACAUGGACCAGAGGAACGCAAAAACCCCCUAUCGACUAUUUCCUGGUAAACAAGACCUUCAGCAAGACCAAUGAUAACUUGAAGCUCGUUAUAGACGAAGAAGGAAGGCUUAACUGCGACAGCGACCACAAUCUCCUCAAAUUAUCAGUCACGGUAACUCACCCGGCCUCUCGAAGACAAACCAGAUCACGCCAGCGGCAUCGCGACAAAAAGAAGAGAGAGCGUUGGAAAACACAGGACGUGAACAAACUGCAAGACUUUGCCGAGACCCUCGAGAACAACCUGUCUAACACACCAUCUGUUGACUAUGAUCAGCUCAUCCGACAAAUAGAAAAUGUUGCGAUGAAGUCGGUCGGGAAAACAUCAAAGAAAAGGUCGACUAGAAGAAGGAAUCAGCCUUGGUUCGACGAUGAGCUGAGAGCCGCAGUAGACCACCGAAAGCAGCUAAAUAGAGCAAAAAGGAAAGCCAUAAAGUUAAAGGAGGAUUACUCAGAACAAGAUCGACUGUACCAAGAACAGAAAGCAAUAGUAAGUCUUAUGGUAACCGACAAAAUUCGGGCCUUUCACGAAAAAAUCACUAGUGACAUCAAGGAAAAAGGCAAGAGAGGCGGGGCAGCUCUCUGGAGAUACAUCAGGAACCUUGAACAACACGAAAACAGCUCACCAGUGUACGCCUUCUAUAACGAGAACCAACAACUGCUUUCUUCAGCCACAGAUAUAGAACGAUUCUUAACUACGUACUUCACUAACCAGCAAGGAGAACUUCAAAGAAGAAGUGUCAUCCCAAAGCCAACCGAAAGCGCACCAAUCUCUAACAGAGCAGACACCAUGGAAUACUUUACUGUAGCAGAAGUGGAAAGGGGGAUCCGUGGGCUCUCAUCGGGAAAGGCAGCGGGCCCGGACAACCUGCCCAACGAAUUUAUCAAAGCAAUGAAACCGCAGGCACUCCAGGCAUUAACACAUUGCUUCAAUGAGAUACUGUAUACUAAAGUAAUACCCGAUGACUGGAAACGAGCAGACAUUCAACUGUUGCACAAGGGCAAAGGCAAACCAAAGGAAGAGAUCAGCUAG